AUGGCCACUCCUCAUGUUCUCUUGGUUGAGGACUCUUGUGUUGACCGUCUUGUUGCAUCGAGGCUUUUAAAGAGCUUUAACAUUCGAGUGACUGCAGUGGAAGGUCCUAUGGAAGCAUUGACGUUCUUGGAUAUGGAACAUGAUGUGCAAUUGAUUCUCACUGAUUACUGUAUGCCUGAUAUGACUGGUUAUGAUCUUCUGGUUGAGGUUCAGAAAUCACCCAAGCUUAACCAUCUCCCUGUGGUGAUUACAUGCACUGAGGACAUCCCUGAAAGGAUUAAAAUGUGCCUUGAUGGAGGUGCAAAGGACUACAUCAUCAAGCCCAUCAAAGUUGUCGAUGUGCCUCGCCUUCUGAGCUACAUUUGAUGAGCCAACAAGGGCGAUGAAUAAAGAUGGCAUAAUAUAACUCUUCUAUAGGGUUAUAUUUCUCAUUAUCUAGCAGCCAUCGCUAUUUAGAUUUGACCAUAUAUGGUCACCCUUUAUAUCAUCAUUUGCUUUCAACCCGUUUGAAUUUAUGUAAGACUAUUAUGGGACUAUCGUGACCAUAUGUAUGGUCCACUUUUAUGUCACUGUUUGUGUUCGAUCCGUUUGAACUUCUAUAUAAGGCUAUUAAUAAAGUGAGUUUAAGUUUUUU